AUGACAUAUCAAGGAUGUUUUGGCGGAGUAUUGUAUGGCAUACCGUAUAACUGUAAGUGUGGAGUAGAAAUGUAUGCACUAGGUUAUGAAGACCACGAACAUGAGAAGCAUGCAUCCAAAACAAGUUUUCAAUGUAAAAAUAAAAGAACAAGCAUGUUUCUGCAGAUGUUCAAUAGCUAUGAAUGGAUUCCAUAUAUGCCAGGUAGCAUUUGGAGCGAGACGAAUGAGAAGUGGAGCGAAGGAUCGGUUGCGUGGCGAGUGGUGGGCAUGACGCCAAACAAGUUUUCAUCGGAUGAUCUGGCUGAAGACGACAUUAGACGAACAAGCUUUAUGUCGAUGGAGCUGGCAAGUGUGUUUCCAAAGAAAUGGUAUUUUAUUAUUGAGUUUCCAAGCGGAAGAUUAGAGAUUAGUCAUUAUGCACAAGCCGUUGAUGUAAACAGCCAUGUGAUACUUGAAGCAGACAGGGGCGAGGAUUGCGGAAAGGUUGUGAAUGUCAUGGAUGAAUAUAGGUUUGAGAGCCAUCUUAUGAAGAUAAAAGAUGUAAGAAAAGAGCUUGCGCUGAUAAAAGUCGUUAGAAGAGCAUCUGGUGAUGAUGUGCAGAAGCUGGAGCAAAAGAAGGAGAUGGAGGCCACGUCAUUAAGGCAGUGCAGAGAGAUGGUUAGCUCUCGAAGGCUGGACAUGGAUAUUCUGAGCUGUGAAUAUCAAUGGGAUGCCAAGAAAAUAACAUUCUAUUUCCGAAGCGAUAAAAGAAUAGAUUUCCGGGAUCUUCUGAAGGACCUGUUCAAGAUAUUCAAAGUAAGAAUCUGGAUGUGUGCAGAAAGGAGAUCAAGUACAGAGCUUAUCAAAAGAAUCACAGGGUAG